CACGUGCUCCCUCAACCAAUAAACUCUCUCUCACACACACACACAACACGCACAUAUUCAUAUCCCUCCUCACUUUCGUUUCUCCAGUCUUUCUCUCUCUAAAUGUUCCCUCUCUCUAAAACCGUCUAGUCUGUGGUGAUGUUGAUCCUCUCUGCGUCUCCUUCUUCCUCCACUCUCUCUUCUUCUUCUUCUUCUUCACACAUUUCUAGGCCUUUAAUUUCUUUCUCAUCUUCGUCUUCUGCUUCAUUUUCAACUUCUCUACCAGUAGUUGGAGUCAAAGCUGGUGCCAGGCUACUGUCAAUUCAGAAGUUACGGUGUGCGAUUUUCUGUGCUUCUAAGGUUCGUGGAAUGGCGGAAAUAGUUGAAGAGAAGAAGGAAUCGAAUUCAACUGCUGCUGCUGCCGCCGCCAUCGCAGUUUCUACUUCUGAGAAUCAUGAGCUUCCGCAGUCACGUGCCUUCCUUGACGCUCGUACUGGAGAAGACUUACUAUCUGCUAUUCGGAAAGCCGUGGAAGAUGAAAAACUGCCGCUUAAUGUUGCUGAAGGGAUGGAGGAGUUGUAUCAGAACUAUCGGAAUGCAGUUUUACAAAGUGGAGUACCCAAAGCAGAUGAGAUCAUUUUGUAUAACAUGGCUCUUGUGUUGGAUCGUAUUUUUGUGGAUGUGAAGGAUGCUUUUGAGUUCUCGCCACAUCAUAAGGCCAUUCGUGAACCUUUUGACUAUUACAAGUUUGGCCAAAAUUAUAUCCGCCCUUUACUUGAUUUCAGGAGUUCUUAUGUUGGCAAUAUAUCAGUUUUUGGUGAAAUAGAAGAGAAGCUCAAGCAGGGCGAUAAUGUUGUUUUGAUGUCAAACCACCAAAGUGAAGCAGAUCCAGCGGUUAUUGCUCUGUUGCUUGAAUUGAAGCACCCAUACAUUGCUGAGAACAUAAUCUAUGUUGCAGGAGAUAGAGUUAUUACUGAUCCUCUUUGCAAGCCAUUCAGCAUGGGAAGGAAUCUCCUCUGUGUUUAUUCAAAAAAACAUAUGGGUGAUGACCCCAAACUCGUCGAGAAGAAAAAGAGAGCAAACACAAGAAGCUUGAAGGAGAUGGCUGUGCUAUUGAGGGGUGGAUCAAAACUAAUAUGGAUUGCUCCUAGUGGUGGAAGAGAUAGGCCAAACCCUGUUACAAAAGAAUGGUAUCCAGCGCCAUUUGAUGCUUCCUCAACAGACAACAUGAGAAGGCUUGUAGAACAUGCUGGUGUCCCUGGUCACAUUUAUCCUCUAGCAAUAUUAUGCUAUGAUAUUAUGCCCCCUCCGCCCCAGGUUGAGAAAAAUAUUGGAGAGAAAAGAAUAAUAUCUUUUCAUGGAACUGGCAUAUCCGUGGGGCCCAAAAUUGAUUUUCAUCAGGUUGCUGGUGCUUUGGAAGACCCUGAAGAGGCUAAGAUGGUCUACACAAAGGCACUUUAUGACUCUGUAAACCAGCAGUACAACGUGCUAAAUUCUGCUAUACAUGGCAAACAAGGACAGGAGGCAUCAACUCCCAGCGUUUCGUUAUCACAACCAUGGCAGUAGCUUCUGUUCCGACUUUAUUUUCCAUACCUUGUUGCUUCAGUCAGUUUGCAGAUGUUUGUUUGGAAGUUAUAAUCAAAUCACAAGGAUAACACUCACAAACUAUGCCACACUUUGCGCUUGCAUGUGGUUGGUCUAUGCGGAGAGUUGUCCAAUUGAUACGAACAAGUAAUUCUCGAAGAUACAGCCUACAUAACCCGAAGGAAAUUUUUUGGCAGGGCUUAGAUAAUUCUUUUGACACGAAUGUAUAGUUACUUUUACCUUGUAUCUACCAGAUGUUGGAUCUGAAUCUGUUAGCAAUUAUAGCUUUCAAGCACUGUCAAUUCUGACCUUUUAAGUGAGUGUACGUAGGUAUCCUAGAUACUCAUCUUACCUUAGAAGCGGUAAUCCAAUUUGUUCGGAAAUAUAAUAAAUGCUCUGCAACAGUUCUGCUUGUUUAUA